CUGGCAGGUGGCAAAAGACCUCCUUCCCAACAGAGUCUAUUACUACCUCUUCGUAGCGCAGCUGUCACCAAUUGCAAGUUGAAGUGCAAGUUUAAAUUAGUCAAUUUUUUCUUCCCCUAAUCCUAAGUUUACUAGGUAAAGUUUACCAGGCAAAUUAAUGAAGCACAAGAAGAAUGCCUUAGGUACUACGUCACGUGUAUAAAUAAAUCUCACCAUGGCAAAGGACAAGAAGUCCAAGUCGGACUCUAAGAAGGCAAAGCUCGCCGAGAAGAAGCAGAAGCAGGAAAAGAAAGCUCAGAAGAAAGAAAAGGUCAAGGCUUCAAAAGUCGAAGGGAGUGAUGCCGAAGAUGUCGAUCUAGAUGCGGUUCUUGCCGAAUAUAAGAAGGCUCAAGAGGAGUUUGUUAAGGUCACAGAGACCGUCUCUGAGUCCCCUCCGAAGCCCCGGUCAUCCUCGACCUUCUUAGCUUCCCCUUCAAAUAGCAACCAGCUGUUAUUAUUUGGUGGAGAAACUUGGAAUGGAGCCCUCGCGAGUUUCUUCAAUGAUCUCAACAUCUACUAUACAGAUAGAGAUGAAUGGCAUUGCGUGACUUCACCGAAUGCGCCCCUUCCACGAUCCGGACAUGCCUGGUGUAGGGGAGGAAACCAAAAAGACUCGGUUUUCUUAUUUGGUGGCGAGUUUAGCAGCCCCAAGCAAGGUACAUUUUAUCACUACAAUGAUUUCUGGCGACUGGAGCCUAGCACUCGGGAAUGGACACGCAUAGAAACCAAGGGCAAGACUCCUCCCGCAAGGAGUGGGCACCGUAUGACUUACUAUAAGAAUUAUAUUAUCCUCUUCGGCGGCUUUCAAGAUACUUCGAAUCAGACAAAGUAUUUAAGUGACCUUUGGCUCUAUGAUACCCAGGAUUUCGUCUGGCAUAACCCUACGCUUCCAUCAGCGCAGCUAAAACCAGACGCUAGGUCGUCCUUUACUUUUCUCCCUCAUGAACAAGGCGCCGUAUUAUUUGGAGGCUACUCUAGAGUAAAGACAACCGUAUCAGCAAAUAAGUCAGCUAAGGGCGCAUCGCAAGGGCAAAGAAACGUUCUGAAACCUUUAGUACACGAAGAUUGCUUCUUCUUGCGAAUAACCCAACCCCCUGCAGAUUCUCCACCGAAUACACCACCAACCGUAAGGUGGGAGAAGCGGAAGAAGCCAGCAAAUACGCCAGCCCCGGCCCGUGCCGGGGCAACUAUGACUUACCACAAGGGACGUGGUAUUCUUUUUGGUGGUGUUCACGAUGUCGAGCAGAGCGAAGAAGGUAUGGACAGCGAGUUCUAUAACCAGCUAUACGCAUGGAACGUAGAACGGAACAGAUUCUUUCCGUUGACACUACGAAAAUCAAGGACCCAAAAGAAAGCCCCUGCAUCGGAGCAGAGAGUUGGAAGGCGUGGCAGAGCUCAAGCAAAUGAGGAGGAACUAUUAAAGCAACUUGCUGCUUUACAGGCUGGAUCGUCUUUAGAAGACGCAGACGAUAUCGAUAUCGAUCUAGAAGCUAGACAGGAGCCAGAAGAACCAGAAAAGCCAACACGAGAGAUGCCGGUAUCCAUGGAUCUUCCACACCCACGGUUUAACGCCCAAUUGGCAGUGCAGGAUGAUGUGCUGUACAUCUAUGGUGGUACCUAUGAGGCGAAAGAUCGGGAGUUUACGUUUGACGAUUUGUACGCUAUCGAUCUUGGCAAGAUGGAUGGCUGCAAGCAGAUCUUCAAGAGAGAAGACGAUACUUGGGUCGGCUCCGAUGAGGAGGAUGAAGAUGAGGAGGACGAGGAGGACGAAGACGAAGAUGAAGAUGAGAGCGAUAUCGAAAUGCCCGACGAAGACCUUGAAGCACUUGUAUCACCAAGUAAACGUAAGAAGAGACAGACAGACGAGGUGUCGGUAUCCGACACAGCAUCUACUGCAGGAUCUUCAACAUGGGACAACGAGUCAGAAGCCGACACGGUUGCAACUACAGUUGAUGAUGGAUUGCCACAUCCACGGCCUUUUGAGUCUAGAAGGGAUUUCUUCGCCCGGACUUCGAACGAAUGGCAAGAAAUCCUUAUGAUGAGCUUGAGAUGGAAGGGCAUUCAACCUGAAACUCUUACAGUCAAGGAGAUUAAGACCAAGGCGUUUGAGCUCAGCGAAGAAAAGUGGUGGGACUGCCGCGAGGAGAUUACUGCCCUCGAAGAUGAACAAGAAGCUGCUGGCAUUGGCGAGGUUGUGUCACUAGCUGAUAAAGGGGAUUCAGGGGCUGGUGGUACUGGUCGAAGACGAUAAUGGGGUUUUUUCUUUUUUUUUUUUUCUAACUACCCUGAAGGAAAAGAAUGUGACGAUGUCGUACGUACAUGUCAGUACAUAAAAGAACAAAUGAGCAAAAUGCUUCUAUACCUACUAGUACAUAUAGUCAUUAGCCGAUAGCGUCAAUAAGAAUUGAACCUGAACUCA